CGCGACGGACAGGGACGCGCUCCAAGAUCCCCAUCCUGCUUCGGAGCCGAGGAGGUGGGGUUGGAGCGAGCACUAGCGGAAACGCGGUCCAGCCUUUACCAGGGGGUUCCCGGCCCGCAGCCGCAGGCCGCCCGAGUGCCUCAAGUAAAUACUUUGGAGGGGCGGGGAAGAGAAGCAUCGAAUUUCAAAAAAAAAAAAAAAAAGCCCAAACCCCCACAGCCCCGGGCGGGCGGGCGCGCGCGAUGGGCGCACUUUGGCUGCGGGAGCGAGUGGAGGAUGCUGGGAAGGAGGUAAAAUGGCCACCGGCGGCGGCGCGGAGGAGGAGAGGAAGCGGGGGCGGCCGCAGCUCCUGGGCCCCGCGCGCCCGUCGACCAGAGCCGAGGAGGCCGAGGGCGGCCGCGAGAAGAUGGGCUGGGCCCAAGUGGUGAAGAACCUGGCCGAGAAGAAAGGCGAGUUCCGUGAGUCGCGGCCGCCGCGGCGGGAGGAAGAGAGCGGCAGCGGCGCGGGAGGCGGACUCGCCGCUCCCGCGGGUCUGGCGGCGCCGAGUCUCGGCGACUUCCCCCCAGCCGGCCGCGGGGACCCGAAGGGCCGCCGGAGAGACCCAGCCGGAGAGGUGGCGGACUCCCGCAAGAAAAAGGGUGCAGCCGAGGCGGGCAGGAGGAAGAAGGCUGAGGCGGCAGCCAUGGCGACCCCGGCGAGGCCCGACGCGGCCGAGGACGCAGCCGACCGGCCCCCCCUUGACGAGCAGGCUACGGCGGCUGGCCCCGCUGCAGGCCCUGGUAAGGGCCGCUUCCUCGUGCGCAUCUGUUUCCAGGGAGACGAGGGCGCCUGCCCAACCAGGGACUUCGUAGUGGGCGCGCUCAUCUUGCGCUCCAUCGGCAUGGACCCGAGCGACAUCUACGCAGUCAUUCAGAUCCCAGGCAGCCGCGAGUUCGACGUGAGCUUCCGUUCGGCGGAGAAGCUAGCCCUGUUCCUGCGCGUCUACGAGGAGAAGCGCGAGCAGGAGGACUGCUGGGAGAACUUUGUGGUGCUGGGGCGGAGCAAGUCCAGCUUGAAGACGCUCUUCAUUCUCUUCCGGAACGAGACGGUGGACGUGGAGGACAUAGUGACCUGGCUCAAACGCCACUGCGAUGUGCUGGCCGUGCCCGUGAAAGUGACCGACAGGUUUGGGAUCUGGACCGGGGAGUACAAGUGCGAGAUCGAGCUGCGCCAGGGGGAGGGAGGAGUCAGGCACCUGCCGGGAGCCUUUUUCCUGGGGGCCGAGAGGGGCUACAGCUGGUACAAGGGGCAGCCCAAGACGUGCUUUAAAUGUGGUUCCCGGACCCACAUGAGCGGCAGCUGCACACAGGACAGGUGCUUCAGGUGCGGGGAGGAGGGGCACCUGAGCCCUUACUGCCGGAAGGGCAUCGUGUGUAACCUCUGUGGCAAGCGAGGACACGCCUUUGCCCAGUGUCCCAAAGCGGUUCACAAUUCCGUGGGAGCUCAGCUAACCGGCGUGGCCGGGCACUGAACACCCGCCUUCCAACCAGGGUGAACACAGAGCCAGCUUACCCCUCUUAAGUGCCAAAACUUUUUUUUAAACCAUUUUUUAUAGUUUUUUGAAGGAGAUCUUCUUAAACCUACAAGAGACAUCUCACUCUGCCUUCCUAAAUCGAGUUUACUCCUUUUGGCCUUUCCUGAAUUUGGUGACUCUGUCAUCAGUAAUGACUACCGAGAACUGUAGUGUGCAGAUACGUUGCCCUGCCCUUUUUUACAUUUUAUUUUCAUUUUUGUAUUCGGAGACCUUUUUUUUUUUUCUGGUACUUUUUUACUUCCUACGCCGUGUCUUCUCCCUUGGUUUUUACCCUUGGAGCUGCCUUGCUCAUCUUUAUGCCCCAGUGCUAGGCAGGGGCCCAGCACAUGGUAGGCACUCCAUCAUUGUUUGUUGAAUUGAGAACAUCGUUGACUCUGGCUUCUGUCAGGGUGUUUAUCUUUUGCAGUUCAUCCCCGUUCCCUUUUAAUUUGCUGCUUCUAAUCUGUGUGGUCUUGAGAAUUUUGUGAAACCAGUGUUGUUAGAAGUGUAUGUAACCUGAGUCAAUAAGCUCUGAAUGGUGGCCACGGGCCUCUCCUAUGGCAUUAGAAUGCAUGGACUUUGUGACAGCGCUUUCAGUGGCUCAGAAGCCAUUCUCACAGAAUCAUGGAAUCUAGUUUUCCUGCUGGAAAGGACCUAAAAGUUGGUUAAGACCAAUCCCCUGGUUUUCCAACAGAUGAAACAGUACCAGAGAGGUUAGAUGACUGGGUCGAAAUCACAUAGCUGUCUGGUGCCAGAGCUAGCCUAGAGUAGAGUUCCCUGACCCCAAGCCCGGUGCUCAUUCCACUACCUCUCACACUUCACAACAUUUUCCUCAACACUUGAGGGCCCAGAAAGUCUGCUCUUUCCAGAAUAAUGAGCCCAGGGAAAUGCUAAGACAUCAUCUGGGGGAGGAAGCAGAAGAUUUGGUAGGGGCUUCAGAACACUUGGGAGAUAUGGAAGGGACAAAGGAACACAAUCCAGGGUGCACUCUGAUGCCCAGGGUACCACAUCUGGACUAAAGUGGCCCAGGUCUUUGUGACCUUUCCCCUCCCCAGCCAUCAGUGAGAAGUAGAAGCCCUCCUGAGUAAAGAAAGGUUUACAUUUGCACCUUAGCCUCAGUAGCUAGAGCCCCUAGAGAAGCAGCUAACUGGAGCUCAUCUGCAACCUCCUGGCUCACAGGAGAAAAUGGAAUUCUAAGUGAGCUGUUAACUCUAAAAUGUACUUGUUAAAUAGGCCAAGCGAGAGAGCAUUGGGUCUACUAAGUGUUACCGAGUUAAAGUAGAAAAGACAGUACACUGCUUUUCUUACAGUUUUUGUCUUUCCUUUAUGUUUUGCUAUUUCCUUGUGGCUUAGAAUGUAAAAUCGAUUGUUUAAAGUUUUGUUCUGAAUAAAUAUUUAUCUUUUGUAUUGCUAA